AUGUCUUCUUCAGACUCUGCUGAUCACAUUUCCAAGUGGGAGGAACGUGUAUGCUUAAACAGUGGAAGAAAGUUUUUCAAACCUAAAGUCAGUGGAUCCAUUACACCUGCUGUUGGAAUGUUUUUUAAAUCAUUUGAUGAGGCUUUUGCGUUUUAUCAGAGAUAUGCACUUGCUGCAGGUUUUUCUGCAAGAAAAAAUACCUCUUGGAAAAAUGGUGGUGGUUUAGUGAAAAUAAGAUAUAUUGUCAGCUCAAAAGAAGGAUUUCAUGUUAGCAAAGAAAUAGAUGCUGGUUCAGUUGAUGAGAAUAGUAAAAAGAUUGUUAGAUAUGAAGAUAUUUAUUUCUUGCCGGCUGCUAGAAGUAUUGAUUAUGUUAAAGAAAGUUUUAUACCUGGAUUGUCUGCAAUCAAUAUUGGAUCUGUUAAAGCAUUCAAUAUUAUGAAAACAAUGUAUGGUGGUUUUGGUGAAGUUGGUGCUAGUAAAGUUGAUUGUAAGAACUAUAAAAGGGAUUUGAAUCUUUAUAUAGGAGAGUAUGAUGCAGAAAUGGUAGUUAGGCGUCUUAUUAGGAAGAAAGAAUGUUGUCCUGGUUUCACAUGUGAUUAUGUUAUUAGUGAAGAUAGAAGAUUGAAAGGACUUUUCUGGGCUGAUAAGCAAUCAAAAACAAAUUAUACAGUGUUUGGUGACAUAGCUGGUUUUGAUGCUACUUAUAAAUCAAACAAAUAUGAUUUAGUUUUUGUACCAUUUACUGGGAUUGAUAAUCAUUUUAGGAAUGUCACAUUUGGUGGUGCAUUACUUGGUUCUGAGACUGCAGAUUCUUAUAGAUGGCUUUUAAGGUGCUUUGUUAAUGCUUUUGGAAAUGAGCCUAAAGUUGUUACUGAUCAAGAUGCUGCAAUGAAGAGAGCUAUUAAGGAUGUACUUUCAAGAAGUAGGCAUAGGUUAUGUAUGUGGCAUAUAUGGGAGAAAUUGAAGACAAAGGUUGGUCCUGUUUUGUCAGCAAACAUUGAUUUUAAUACAAGAAUGACUCAUGUUGUUUGGAAUGAUACUAUUAUUCCAGAAAAUUUUGAAACUGAGUGGCAUUCAAUAAUGUCUACUUUUGAAUUGGAAAAUCAUGAGUGGUUAAAAGAUAUGUAUGAUCUUCGAUUUGAUUGGAUUCCCGCUUAUUACCAUGGAGAGAAUUUGGCUGGUCUUAUGCGUACUACGUCUAGAUGUGAAAGCGAGAAUUACUUCUUUGGUCAGAUUUGCAAUCCAAGAUGUACACUUGUUGAAUUUUUCACUCAUUUUGAGACUGCAAUGGAUAUUCAAAGGCAUGAGCAUAGGAGGAAUGAUCAUGAUACAAGGUAUAUUCAGUCUAAGACCUGGAGUGACUUUGUAUUGGAGAAACAAGCAUCAGAAAUAUAUACCAAAACAACUUUUAAAGAUAUUCAGAUUGAAAUUGAUGCUGCCAUUACAAAGUGUAUGUCAAAGUCUCAUGAUACUGUGGGUGAUGUUCAAUAUUAUGAAAUAAAGGAUUUCAAACAGCCAUGCACAUCUUUAUUCAAGGUUCAAUACAGCAAACAAGAAGAUGGUUUAAGUAUAAGUUGUUCUUGCAAACGGUUUGAAAAAUUUGGUAUAUUGUGCCGCCAUAUAUUUUAUGUUCUACGGUAUGAUGAUAUAACUGAGUUUCCUAGAAGAUAUGUUCAUAGAAGAUGGAUGAGAGAUGUUGUUUUAAAUGGAUCAAAUCAUUGCAAUAUUCGGUUUGAUGAAAUUGGUAGGAAUAGUGAAAUUGAUAAAGUUUUUAGAGAAAUCGUUGUUGCAAAUGAGUAUGUGGUUAAUAGGUUGGUUGGGGAUUUAGAUGAGCUGUGUCGUUACAGGGAUCAUAUUAAAAGUUAUAUUGCUAAAGCAAAUGAGGUUAUGGUUGCUGCGCCGCCUCCUAGUCGCAAAGAAAGAUUUGCUAUAUUGGAGGGAACUUAG